CUACCUUAUCCCAACUUCUGAACAGAAACUUUUCAUUUUAAUGAAAUUUUUUGUAAUUAAAGCAUUUCCUUGUAACAGAGAUGGAGCACAUCAGAACUCCAUUCAAAGGCAUCAUAAAAGAUGUUAGAGGAAGAAUGUCUUGUUAUGAACAAGAUUGGACUGUUGGCAUCCGUUCUCGACUUGGAAUAUUAGCACCCACAACCUAUAUUUUCUUUGCUUCUGCUCUUCCUGUUAUUGCCUUCGGAGAGCAACUCAGUAGAGACACAGAUGGAAGCUUGAGCACAGUAGAAACAUUAGCGUCUACUGCUUUAUGUGGUAUCAUACAUUCAAUUCUUGGUGGGCAACCUCUUUUGAUACUAGGAGUUGCAGAACCAACUGUUAUUAUGUAUACUUACUUGUACAACUUUGCUAAAGGAAGAGAAGAUUUGGGGCAGAAACUCUUCUUGGCUUGGGCUGGAUGGGUAUGCGUCUGGACAGCCCUUUUCCUACUACUUCUUGCAGUAUUCAAUGCUUGCACCAUAAUCAACAGGUUUACGAGGGUUGCAGGUGAACUUUUUGGGAUGUUGAUUGCUGUUCUGUUUAUUCAAGAGGCUAUCAAGGGAAUGGUGAGUGAGUUCAAAAUUCCCAAAGCUGAAGAUCCAAAUUUAGAGAAGUAUCAAUUUCAAUGGCUUUACACAAAUGGAUUAUUGGGUAUAAUUUUCACCUUUGGCCUGCUUUUCACUGCUUAAAAAAGCAGAAAGGCAAGAUCAUGGUGGUACGGCACAGGGUGGUUUAGAAGUUUCAUAGCAGACUAUGGGGUUCCAUUAUUGGUUGUGGUGUGGACAGCACUUUCAUUUAGCGUACCGAGCAAAGUUCCUUCUGGAGUUCCUAGAAGGCUCUUUAGCCCUCUUCCUUGGGAGUCAGCAUCCUUGGGCCACUGGACUGUAAUCAAGGACAUGGGCAAUGUUCCUCCAGCGUACAUCUUUGCUGCCAUUGUUCCUGCUGUGAUGAUUGCGGGACUCUACUUUUUUGAUCAUAGCGUUGCGUCCCAACUGGCACAACAGAAAGAGUUCAAUCUUAAAAAUCCUUCUGCAUAUCAUUAUGACAUCUUGUUGCUGGGAUUCAUGACUUUGCUUUGUGGAUUAAUUGGACUACCUCCUUCUAAUGGAGUACUACCUCAGUCUCCAAUGCACACGAAGAGCCUCGCUAUCCUUAAAAGACUGUUGAUCAGGAGGAAGAUGGUGGAGAGUGCUAAAGAAAGCAUCAAGCAGAAAGCUAGCAACUCUGAAAUAUAUGGCAAGAUGCAAGCUGUUUUCAUAGAGAUGGACAGCAGUCCCGUUACUACAGUAGCUAAAGAACUAGAAGACUUGAAGGAGGCAAUCAUGAAAGGGGAAAACAAUGGAGAAAAUACGAAAAACACAUUUGAUCCUGAGAAGACAAUUGAUGCCUACUUACCUGUCAGAGUUAAUGAGCAAAGAGUGAGCAAUUUGCUGCAGUCACUACUCGUGGCAGCAUCAGUAUGUGCUGUGCCUAUAAUAAAGCUGAUACCUACAUCAGUUCUUUGGGGCUAUUUUGCAUACAUGGCCAUAGACAGUCUCCCCGGAAACCAGUUUUGGGAAAGAAUCCUACUUCUCUUUAUCACGCCUAGCAGGCGUUACAAGGUAUUGGAGGUGGUUCAUGCUUCUUUUAUGGAGUUAGUUCCAUUCAAGCACAUUGCUAUAUUCACAAUCUUCCAAUUAGUUUACUUCUUGGUUUGUUUUGGUGUGACGUGGAUUCCAAUAGCUGGAAUUCUGUUCCCACUACCAUUCUUUGUUCUCAUCGGUAUAAGACAAUACAUUCUUCCCAAGCUGUUUAGACAGUAUCAUCUUCGAGAACUAGAUGCAGCCGAAUAUGAGGAAUUCAUGGGCGCCCCGCGACUAUCUCGCAACCUCUCUUUCGGGGAAGAAGAAGGAAGCUGUGUAGGAAAUGAAGAACUGUUUGAUGCUGAGAUGUUAGAUGAGCUAACUACCAGCAGAGGGGAAUUGAAAGUUAGAACUCUUAGUUUCCGCAAGGAGAAUCGCGGUCAGGUUUAUCCUGGCGAAAUUGUCCAACAGGAUGAUUAGAUCAAUUGGGCUUGGCAAUUGGCAUGGACUUGUAAAAAGAUACAUUAUUGAUGAGUUUGCAUAGUUAACUAUGAUUUUGUCAAACAGAUUUGAAAAGUUCCAGCAGAAUUAUAAUAGAAAUGGAGAAAAGAGGCUAGUCAAAAAGAAAGAAAGAACGGAGCUGCAAAGGAAACUUAAUCAGGGUUGGAGUUGCAGAGAUAUUUCCAGAAAUUAUGGUGGCAUUCGUUAUAGUGAUAUGUUAGAUAAAAAAGAAUGGAAAAUUGAUACUUGUUCUUGUUCUGGGGAAAGUUGUCUUGUAUCCUAAUGUUUGUGUUAGAUUUUGUCUAAAGUUGCUUUAGGCUCGUGAUUGACUACUGUAACCUUGCUCUGCUGCUAUUUAAGCAGCCCAUAUUUAUGAAAAUUGUGGAUGAAAAAAAUGCGGAAGUGUUUUAC